AUGUCCAAGCAAGGUACCGACUGGAUUGAAAUGUUCGGGCUGUGGGAUGUACCAUUCAAUUCAUUCUGCAGUCAAGUCGGUUGCCUACCAGCGAAAGGUGUCGAGGAACAGCAGUCACAGUUCCCAAACAAUCGGAUGAAAUUUUUCACGCAACCCGAAGUCCAACAAUCACUCUUCCAAGAACGUUUUGUGGACAAAUUCAAGCAAACGUUGGAAAAAGUUUCGACGGAGGGAGAAGCCCUUGCCGAGGCAAUCGACAGUUUUCUACACUGUUAUCGUCCAGCUUCGUGUGCACCUGCAAACAAAACACCUGCUGAAAAUUUGCUUGAAAGACCAGGGCGAGCAUCGUUAGAUCUUUCCAUACCUCCUGUGCCCUCAAACAGCAACAAACCAUAUCAGAAAGAACAUCAGUUUGACCGCAGACAUGGUUCCAAGGCCAGAAGCUACGAUGGCAAGGAACAUGUUUGGGUAAAGAAGAAGCGAUACAAAAACGAUCAAAUCGAAAACAUCAUGCCGAAACCACAUCCAGGAACCAAGAAACCUAGCAGCCAAGGUGUUCCAUCGGCUACUCUGGAACGUUUCCCAGAGGAACCUGAAAACCAGCCAUCACCGAAAUCAAUCAAAUUUUCGAACUCGUAUGAACUCGAACAAACUGGGAAUCCUCGACAGCAAAGCUGUAAACCAGCUGAUCGUCCAACUCCAGAAGCUGAACCAUCUCAACCAGACCGCUCUUCGAGGACCAGAAGAGUUCCGGUACGCUACGAGCCUUAUCAGCUUUACUAA